AUGAUCUCGGCGUUUGCAAUGUAUGUAAUGGGCAAAGAAGCGGUCAGUGUGUUCAAAGACAUGGAGAGAUUCGGAUUGAAGCCCAACAGAGUGACAGUGAUCAGUGUUUUGAACGCUUGCAGCCAUGGAGGCUUAGCAGAAGAAGAGUUUCUUGAGUUUUUCAACAAGAUGGUAAGCAAGUACAAGAUCACUCCGGAUGUGAAGCACUAUGGAUGUUUAGUAGAUAUGCUGAGAGGAAAAGGGAGAUUAGCAGAAGCAGGGAAGAUUGCUUUGGAGAUUCCGAUCGACCAAAAGGCUGUGGUUUAG